CGCACGCUCUCUGCUUUCUCUCUCUUGCUGCUCGUAGACGCUUCACGCCCACCUUAGCUGCCUAAUCAUACGUCUAAAUCUGGCUCCGCAGCACUCCGUAGCAUACGGCACAGAGACGUGAAGCCUGUGCCUUCCCUCCAAGUGUCAUCAAGUUCGGGUUCGCUUGGAUAUACUUCGCCGCGCCAGCAGGCCCCGCCUACCAUUUGUUUGUGCGCGACGCUCCCUAUAGGACCCGCGCAAGUCCUGCGGACGACACGACGUCAUGCCUUCCAGGCGCUUCCAGUUCUCGGUCAACCCGCUGUGGCCACACUACCUCUCAUGGGCAUGCGUCGGGAUAGCGACCUUGGUCGGGCUCGUGAGAUAUGGACUCCUGGACCGAACCGACCCUAUGCAUUGUAAUGCCUUGCUUACCGAAGGUCGGUGGCUGGACACGAAGUUCAAGAAUUGGCAGCCAGAUGGCUGUAUGCUGUACCAGUAUAAGCCCGCCGAUGUGGCGUCGUGCAUGGCUUCAAAACGCGUGGUCUUUGUCGGCGACUCCGUGACCAGACAGCUGUUCUUCCAGUUCGCGCAUGUACUUGACCCAAGCCUCCCUACCGCGCCGCCGGACGACGAGCAAAAGCACGCGGACUACCGGUACAUCUCGUCGAAGUCCGAUGUCCAGCUACAAUUCUUCUGGGACCCGUACCUCAACUCAACCCACACCCACGCUCUCCUCCAUCCUAGUGCGCGAGAUGCUCUGCCCUCGAACACACCGGCUCUACUCGUCUUUGGUUCCGGCCUCUGGUAUCUCCGCUACGCCGACUCGGGCGGUCUACCGGCCUGGGAAGCCAAGAUGGAGUCUACUCUCGCCGCUCUAACGCAGGUGCCUUACCCUCUUGCGGACGUGGUCGCAGUACUUCCAGUCGAAGACGUCGUGCCUUCGAAGCUUAGCCGGGAACGUGCGGCUUCGAUGCAGGCUUCCGACAUCGACGCCAUGAACUCGGACCUCUUGCACAGAAUCAGCCCUCCUGCGUCACGCGACCCCUUCGCGUUCCUCCCCGGUCCCUCGCGAGGCCGCCCUGGCCUGCCGAUUGCAUUGCCGCUAGUGUUCAACACGAUGUUGCAUCCGUCGCAGACGGAAGAUGGUCUGCAUUUCUCUGACCUCGUGGUCAGCAUGCAAGCACAGAUGUUGUUGAACCUGCGGUGCAACGACAUCCUUCCGAAGACGUUCCCGCUCGACAAGACGUGCUGCCGUCGGUACCCGUGGCCAUCCGUGCUCCAUCUUCUAGUGCUAGCAGGAGCCUUCCUGUGGGCGCCUGCUAAUUGGCUCAUUGCCCGUCGUUUCAGCCCGCAGUCUUCUGGAAUGCCGCUAAUCCGGGACGAUGAAGUCUCCGGUCUGGCACUGAGCUUCGCAGCGGCGCUCAUAUAUGUAGCGGAUCGUACAGGCUUCUGGCUGAAGGAGCAGAAGCAGUUUGACCCGUGGACGUUCGGCUUCUUGGCACUUCUGAGUCUCGCUGCGGGGUUGCUUUCUGUUAAGCGUGCCGACAACGACCUUGGUUUCCUGAAUAGGGAGCAGACAGAUGAGUGGAAAGGGUGGAUGCAAAUUGCCAUUCUCAUCUACCACUACACCGGCGCGUCGAAGAUAUCCGGAAUCUACAACCCCAUCCGUGUGCUUGUUGCGGCCUACUUGUUCAUGACUGGCUACGGCCACACUACGUUUUAUGUCAAGAAGGCAGACUUCGGUCUUUUGCGCGUUGCUCAGGUUUUGGUCCGCUUGAACCUGCUGACGCUGCUCCUGGCGUACACCAUGAACACCGACUACAUCUCCUACUACUUCGCACCGCUGGUCUCGCAAUGGUACCUGAUCAUCUACGGGACUAUGUUCUUGGGCUCGAAGUACAAUGACCGCACUAUCUUCCUGAUCACGAAAAUUCUGCUUUCUAUGGGGGUCGUGACAUGGUUCAUGAGCGAGCCCUGGCUGCUGGAGGCCGUUUUCCAGUUCCUCGCGCGUUUCUGCAACAUCCAGUGGUCGGCACGCGAGUGGGCCUUCCGCGUCAACCUCGACCUCUGGAUCGUAUAUUUUGGAAUGUUCGCGGCCAUCGCCGUCAUGAAGGUUCGCGAACACCGUAUCACCGACCAUCCCCGGUGGCCCCUCGUCGUCAGGUCCGCCGCCGUCUUGUCCGCGGUCGUCCUGCUCUGGUUCUUCUCGUUCGAGCUGGCUCAGGCCGACAAGUUCGCGUACAACCUCUGGCACCCGUACGUCUCCUUCCUACCGGUCGGCGCGUUCGUCGUACUGCGUAACGCGAACGCGAUCCUCCGCUCCGGCUCAUCACGCGUAUUCGCGUUCAUCGGCACCUGCUCCCUCGAGACAUUCAUUAUCCAGUACCACCUAUGGCUCGCCGGCGACACCAAGGGCAUCCUCAUCAUCCUCCCGGGACGGCAUAUGCGACCGCUCAACCUGCUGCUCACGACCAUUAUCUUCAUCUACAUUUCCCACCUUGUCGCGAAGGCCACCGGGGAGAUCACGAACUGGAUAUGCGGGAAGGCGAAGGCGUCUUCGCUGCCGACAACGCAGCCCGCCAAUCCGCCAAGACCACCGCCUCCACCACCAGAGUCGGAGGAGGGGCAGGAGGUCAUCUUCAUGGUUCCUCAGGACGGUGACGAGGAGCCCAGGAAAGACAACGACGGGAACCCCAUCCCCCGCGAGCCUGAUACACCCGCGCGGCCACCGCGUCGAUGGUUGGAUCGGCUGGCCGAGGGCUCACCAACACCGGCGCAGCCUUCGCCCGGCUUCCGCGUGUGGUAUGGCGAGUCUGAGUGGACACCGGGGCUUCGUACGAAGCUUCUGAUAGGAUUGGGAGGGAUGUGGUUGCUGAACAUUAUGUGGCCAUAGAUAAUAAUGGACAUACCGCUAGAUAUACACAUUCGUUGUAGUCGUGCUCGAUAGAUAGGAUUGCGGAACAUAAUAAUUGCUUCAAGAC